AUGGCACUAAGAAGAAGAAGAAGCAUGACGCAGCUUCACCUCUCUGCCGAAAAGUUUAACGAGCUAACCGACUGUCCAAUCUGCCUGAAGACAUACACCGAUCCACAAACCCUGCCAUGUCAGCAUUACCUAUGUAUUGCCUGUGCCGACACCGUUCUGCGGAUGGAGCGAUCAGAAUGUCCCAUAUGUCGACUUCCUUUCAGCAGGGACCAGCUCAAACCCUUCCGUUUCUUCAAUCAGCUGCAGGAGAUUAUAGAACGAACAGUGGUGGACAGUGGGGGAGUUUGUGCGGAAUGUUUGCGGCCGUUUCGAGAUAAGGAGAAGUCUCUACGACCCGGAACUACCUUUGGGGGGCUAAUCUGUGCUGAUUGUGCGGCAACUGAGGCACUCAUUAGGUCCAUGGAAACGGCUGCGUUGGAGGAGCAAGAAAGAGCAGACUUCCGCCGUGAUGUGGCCUCUCACGAAAAACCCGUGAGUUUCAUGAUAUCUGAAGAGUACCUAAAUUCGCAUCCCGUUCAUCCCCGUUUGGGGUGUGCGAAUGGAGCCCGCUGCCUGUCGCUUAAAUACCCUAGCCGACAAACCAGCAUGUUUCUCUAUUUUUCGCAUAUACUAUUCUGA